UUUAUCUCCCCUCCAACCCUCCCACAAUCUGGACCAGCCGCCUCCCAAGACACUCCUACCAAAUACCAGCGGAGCUUUCUCCGCGGAUAGAUACGCUGCAGGGUUUAGACACGCUGUCGCUGCAGUCGUGCGUCACAGCCUAGCUUUUGCUAUCUCAAUCCAAUCUGCACGACGCCCCAUGGCAUUCUCUUCUUCUCCAUUGCCCUUCGGGCGCGAGACUCCCUGCCGUCGGUCGAAAAAUGCCCGUAGACGCGGAGUCGGCGACUGAGCGUACUGCUCUCCUCUACCAUGUAGCCAACGACCGGCGGUUAUCGCAGCUGCAACAUGAGCAAGAUGCGGAGGCUCAGAGUAUCAUUUCGUCCGCCGUGACGAAGGAGGAGCAGGCGAUGGCUGGGAGUACGGUCGGAGAGAGGCUGCCGUACAAUGAUUAUACGACCAUUGACUGGUUACACGACCUGGUCAAAGACUCGUACCGCUUCCGCUAUAUUCAAUCACGCAGAGGUCUAAGAUACAAUGCAAUUUCCAUGUUCGAAGCCUGCUCGGGCUGGAUAGCGGUUGUCAUUGUUGGCGCAUUGACCGCAUGCGUAGCCUUCGUCGUCGACGUCGCUGUAGCUACGGUCUCAGAUUGGAAAUUGGGAUAUUGCACUAAAAACCCAUUGCUCAGUCGAGAAGCUUGCUGUGAGGAUAGGACACCAUUACUUGCUACUAGAUCUGAAUUGGCGGACCAAUGCAAGGACUUCCAUCUCUGGACAAACAACUACGCCGGUUCAUUUGCGAUAUACGUCAGCAUGGCCUUAGCGUUUGGGAUCAUCAGCUCCUCAGCGACUUUGCUCACUAGUGGCUCCCUACCCGCUGCAUCGUUCGAGCCCUCUCCUAAAGACGAUUCCUCACGCACUUCGAAGCCAGCAGCAGCUGGAAAGAAAAUGUACAUGGCAGCGGGCAGCGGCAUCCCCGAGAUCAAGACCAUCCUCUCCGGCUUCGUUAUCCCGAAUUUCCUCUCCCUCCGCGUGCUCCUCGUCAAAGCCUUCGGCGCCGUCUUCGCGGUAUCAACAGGCAUGUGUCUGGGAAAAGAAGGGCCCUUCGUACACAUCUCGACAUGUGUGGGAUACAUUGUAGGAAAUUGGUUCCCCAAAUACAAAAACAAUGGGCGCAAGAUGCGGGAACUGCUCUCCUCGGCUUGCGCCAGCGGUCUAAGCGUAGCCUUUGGUGCUCCGAUCGGCGGCGUGCUGUUCAGCUACGAGGAGAUCAGCACCUAUUUCCCGCGGAAAGUGCUCUGGCGCGCAUUCCUCUGCUCUCUUUUCGCCGCCAUCAUUCUGAAAGCACUGAACCCGACUGGGACGGGCAAACUGGUCCUCUUCGAAACGAACUAUGGCACCGACUACCAGCCCAUCCACUACUUCGUCUUCAUCGUGCUUGGCAUCGCGGGCGGCAUCUUCGGCGGCCUCUUCUGCAAAUUCAAUUUCCUCUGGUCGAAAUGGUUCCGCUCCUUCUCCCUCAUCAAGAACAAUCCCGUUCUCGAAGUCUUCCUUGUCGUUCUGGCUACCACAUUACUCCAGUUCCCGAACCCACUGACCCGCGAACCGGGAGAUGUCAUCAUCAAGAACUUGCUCGUUGACUGCAACGCAGGCAGUGAGUCUGCGCGCUCCUGGGUCUGCCGGAACGAGGACACAGGCGUGGAUGUGGGGAAGGUGAACUGGGCGUACACCGCCUACCUCAUCUACGGCACCAUCACCAAGCUCGUCCUAACGAUCAUAACCUUUGGCUGCAAGGUCCCCAGCGGCGUCAUUAUCCCCGCGCUAGACGCAGGCGCGCUGUUCGGCCGCCUCAUCGGCCAGUCUAUAACCACCAUCUCUCCCGGUAUCUUCGCCAUGGUCGGUGCCGCCGCCUUUCUCGCGGGCGUGUGCAGAAUGACAAUCUCCUUGGCAGUGAUCAUGUUCGAGCUGACGGGGCAGCUUGAAUACGUGGUCCCGCACAUGAUCGCUAUCCUUGUUGCGAAAUGGGUCGCGGACGCUAUUUCCUCGGAAGGCGUCUACGAUCUCGCGCAGACGGUUCUCGGACACCCGUUUCUGGACCCGGAUCUCGCCAUCUCCAUCGUCCGACAGAGGAAUCUCCUAGUGGAAGUCUUGAUCCCACCGAAGCAGACCAUGGACGAGGUAACCGUACACGUGCCGCCUUCUAACAAGGUCCCCUACGCCCUCCUCCAGCACAAACUCACGCAGCUCCACGCGCGGGGUCUCAUGGACGCCGGCCUCGUGCUCGUGCAAUCCCACUCCUCGCACCACCAUCAUACUUCGCUUCCCAUGCUGCAGGGCUACAUCUCGCAAGCCGAGCUCGAAUUCGGGCUCACGAAGCUGCUUGCUCACCACCCCCCUUCUGACCCACCUCCUCACCACUCGGACAAUGAGUUUCAGAUCCGGCUGCUCGGGCACCUGGUGGACGACGAUCCCGCGCCAGAGACCUUGGAGGUGGACCUGACGCCGUUUGUGGAUAGGACUCCACUCAGUAUUUGCGCCAAGGCGCCGUUGGAAUAUGCGGUCGAGAUGUUUAGUAAGUUGGGAUUGCGGUAUUUGUGCGUUACAGAGGAAGGGACGGGAGCGUUGGUGGGCGUUGUAAUCAAGAAGAGGUUAGUGGGAUACUUGGAGAAGUUGAAGGAAAGUCAUGAUGAAUGA